GUUAAACCUGAUAUGUUGUUUGGAAAGCGUGGGAAGGGUGGAUUGGUUAGCUUAAAUCUUGAUUUUGCUAAAGUUAUUGCUUUUGUCAAAGAGCGCCUUGGCAAAGAGGUGGAAAUGGGUGGAUGUAAAGGACCUGUCACAACAUUCAUUGUUGAACCUUUCAUUCCUCACAAUGAAGAGUUCUAUCUUAACAUUGUGUCGGAGCGACUCGGUAACAACAUUAGCUUGUCGGACUGUGGAGGAAUUGAGAUUGAAGUGAUACCUUAA